UAUUAUGCGCGCGCAUUUGGCGCGUACAGUUACAAGUGAGAAAUGUUUAUUAGAAAUGUGAAUUGUUGACUUUUAAAAUAUUCAUACUUUUAAAAUAAAUUUAUAGUAUUGACAAUAAUUAUAUAUAGAUUUUAUAUUAUAAUAGAAUAAUGGCAUUAACAUUGAUUAAAUAUAACCUAUGCAAUGUAAUAAAAAGGUUUAAAUUCGAGGAAUUGGAGGACGCUGUAAUGCCCAUUUUUCCAGAGAUAUCUUGGUCUCGUAUCAAGUCUAAAUUAAUUAAAAACCAUAAGACCUUCAAUGUUCAUAAUGUUUCACUCAUUAUCAAAGAAACUAUCGAUAAUGUGAAUUUAAGAGAAAAAGAAAUAUUUAACAGAUUGACAACACUAGAAGUAAUAGAUAUAAGCAGACAUAGUAAUAGAAGGAUAUGGUAUGCUUACGAGUUAACAGAAUCAAAUAGAGCAGAGAAUUAUCUUAAAAAACGGGAUAUGGAAGAUAACAUUAAAAAUGAAUUUCACUCAAAUGGUUUAACCGUAGAUGUAAAAACUACAAAACAUGAAGAUAUUACAUUUAUAAAUAUUAAAGAAAAUAAGAAAAUAGCAAAACGCAAGAUAGUACGACUUGACACAUCAACUUUUUUUGCUUUUUUUUCGGGACAUAAAUACAUUUUUUGUUCAAAAAAGAACAUUUCAUUUGAUAUUAUGAAAAUGAUAGCUACUUGCAUUGGUUAUGACAAUAAUAAAAGGAUUAACCUUAUGGGUAAAGAUCUGAAAUCUUUAAUAAGACUGUUACGGAUUAAACAACAAGGAGUUUCACAUGCUGAGAAUAUCAACCAAGCAUCAGCUUAUAAACCAUCAAGUCCUAUUGUCAAAGAUGAUGGUAUAGAUUAUAUGCAGGAUAAACAACGGAACAAAUAUGCAAAACAGUGUUUAGGCAAAGAUCCUCCAACUCUAGAAUUACUAGUUGUAAAAGCAUCAAAGCAACCUAUAGUGCAUAAAGAUCUAGCUUCGUUGUUACCUAAUGAGACAAUAAAUGUGAGUUGGGAAUUUCGUAGCAAGAAUGUAUCCAAAUUUUUGACUAGUUUGAUAACGAGACGUGUAAUUACGAUGCCAUUACCCGAUUAUGUAACUGAUUUCGUGAAGAUGGGGAAAAACGAAUUAACACUUCGGGCUGACUGAUAUAUUUAUAGUUAUAGCAUAAAAAUUUUUGCAAAUGACAAAUAACAAAAUAUUGGAUAUUUUAUUUUCUUCGUCAGAUGGUUGUAUUUUCAGUUGGAUAUUUCAUUUUCUUCGUCAGAUGUUAUAUCAGGAUCAUUA